GCCGGGGUGAUUCCUACUGGUCCACCGUGUGCUUUGCUUAUGGGCAAACUCUUCCACCGUCCCCCCCCUCCCGCGCGUGUGCGACAUCCGCUGCAGGAAUGACCCGAUCCGCCGCACGUGAAGGAUUGAUGUUUCCUUGCUGGGCGCCCUCAGGGUUGCUUUCAAGAUUGACCCUCAAAAGCUCACCGCCUCGAUCAAUCUCCUGAGUGAGCCAAUCAAUCGCCUUCUGCCCGAUAAGACUGCCCACAAGGUCCCGCUGCGUCCGCCGGCGGUCAAGCCUAGCAACCUCCGUGUCGGCCUCGGCCAAUCACCUGGGCAGGACUGCAUUAUCAUGGACACAGAGUCCACCUACUCUGGGUAUUCUUACUACUCUGGACGCUCCCGGGGUUCCCACAGGCAUGGGGAGCGAAGCCGCGACCGCCACAAGUCCCGCAGUAAAGACAGCCGCUCGGAGAAGUCUGUUACCAUAAACGCACCACCUGCAGAACCACUCUUGGGUGACUCUUCGGUCCGGGGGGAAGAGGUCCAGGAUGACAACUGGGGCGAGACCACCACGGCGGUCACGGGCACGUCGGAGCACAGCCUGUCGCAAGAGGACAUCGUGCGCAUCACGAAGGACCUGGAGGACAGCGUGGGGAUCGACUGCCGGCGGUACUUCACGCUGACGCUGGCCGUGGUGCUGGGCCUGCUGGUCUUCCUCACCCCGAUGGCCUUCCUGGUGCUUCCCCACCUGCUGUGGCCCGAGAAACUGCAGCGCUGCGGCACGGCAUGCGAGGGCCUCUUCAUCUCCGUGGCCUUCAAGCUUCUAAUCCUGCUGCUGGCCGUCUGGGCGCUGUUCUUCCGGCCGCCGCGCGCCGGCCUGCCGCGGGUCUUUGUGUUCCGGGCGCUGCUCGCCGUGCUGGUGCUGCUCUUCGUGGUGUCCUACUGGCUGUUUUAUAGCGUGAGGAUACUCGACUCACAGGACGAGAACUACCAGGGCAUUGUGCAGUAUGCCGUGUCCCUGGUGGACGCCUUGCUGUUUAUCCACUAUCUGGCCAUCGUGCUGCUGGAGCUCCGCCAGCUUCAGCCCUGCUUCUCCGUCUGCGUCACGCGCUCCACCGACGGAGAGACCCGGCACUACAACCUGGGACAACUCAGUAUUCAGCGAGCGGCCCUAGCCAUCGUGGAGAACUACUACCGUGACUUUCCUAUCCACAACCCGGCCUUGCUCACCGCCUCCAAGUCCCGGGCCGCCAAGCACCUGGCCGGCUUAAAGGUGUACAACGUGGAUGGUGAGUUCCCAGCAACCCCUGCUGAGGGUCCAGGGAACAACGCAGCAGCAGGACUGGCCCACUCCCAGUCCCGGGCCAUGAUUGCUGCUGCCGCCCGCCGCCGGGACACCAGCCACAAUGAACUUUACUACGAAGAGGCCGAACAUGAGAGGCGUGUCCGCAAACGCAAAGCCCGACUGGUGGUGGCAGUAGAGGAGGCCUUCACCCACAUCAAGCGCAUGCAGGAAGAUGAGCAGAAGAAGGCCCCAGGGGACGUGAUGGACCCCCGGGAGGCAGCCCAGGCCAUCUUCCCGUCCAUGGCGCGCGCCCUGCAGAAGUACCUGAGGACCACCAAGCAGCAGCACUGCCACAGCAUGGAGAGUAUCCAGCAGCACCUGGCCUUCUGCAUCACCAACAACAUGACACCCAAGGCAUUCCUGGAGAGCUACCUGACCCCGGGGCCCACCCUGCAGUACAGCCGGGAGCGCUGGCUGGCCCGCCAGUGGACGCUGAUCAGCGAGGCGUCCGUCACCAGCGGCCUGAAGGACGGCUCCGUCUUCCUGCUCAAGUGCAUAGACUUCAGUCUGGUGGUGACCGCCAAGAAGAUCCCCUACAUCCAGAUGUCAGAGGAGUACAUUGACCCCAAGUCACACAAGUUCGUCCUGAGGUUACAGUCCGAGACCUCCGUGUAGAACUCUUCUCAUUUGAAUUUUGAUUUUUCUUUUCCUCACCUUCUUUCAUCACUCUCCAAAGUUUUUAUUUUGGGUUUGCAGUUUUUAUUUUUAUUUUUGAUUUUUUUUAUAUAUAUAUAUAUAUUAUAUAUAUUAUGAAUCUAUAUAUUACACACAGGUUUGAAUAUAUUGUUCUUUUUUUAUUGUAAUAUUAUUGAUUGGGUUGAAAGGAAAAGAAAUCGGAAGUGCGAUGAGCGCCGCGCACGUUUUAUGCACACGGCGGUUUGAUUCCGAUGCCUUGCAUCUGGAUUGAGACACUGAAACAUGUUUGUGUGCACCUUUUCUGUUUUAUGUGUGCCAGUGUGCACGAUUGGUUGUGUGUUUUUCUGUGUGUGUGUGUGUGUGUGUGUGUGUGUGUGUGUGUGAGAGUAUGAGUGUCACAUUGUGAAGAAAAAAAAAGAUAUCCCCCCACAAACACACAAGACGUCGGAGCUAAACAGAGACACAUGGCAGACCUUACGGAUAGCAUCGCUUCUGGCUUCAUCGCAGCGUCCUGCACGGGGCCCGGACUUCGUAGCGGACCUUACUGUCAAGGUCACUCCUUCGUUCCCAUGGUAGAGAACAGGAAACAAAACCACUACGGACUUACCAGCAAGCGUGACCGUGGGAACCGACCGGAGCAUCUCGGGCCUUGGCUCAACACAACGAAACCCUACCAGCUGCCACCGCCAUCGCCGCCUCUUCUGCUUCCUCCUCUUCCUCCCUGUGGCCCAUCUCAUAUCCUCAGGUCUCAGAGUGCUCCCGGGUGACCUUUCCAUGGAUAAAUGUCAGCCACGUCUAAGAGACCUCAUGAUUUCCUCGUUGCGUAGCGAAGUGGGUCCUCCUUUCUGUUUUUUCUUAGAAACGGCGAAAUGAGACGGGUUUUGGUGAAGGACUAACAGAGUACACCACUUACACCAGGAUGUGCAUGAAAUGCGUCUGUGUUCCCUGUCUGUAUGUUCUAGAAACAAAGGGGAGGGGGGGGCUGAUACCUCGUGGUGUACAUGUACGUAACCCGUGGCCUACUUCGGGAAGAUGUCAGAUUCCUCUCUCUUAACUGCGGUCACUUCCAAGUGUUGACGAACGUACAAGACACAGGUUUGAUAUUUCUGUCAGCUGUUAAGACCGCUCUUAAAACGGGCCGAGGUGUCAAAUUCCAGACCAGGGUUCAGAUAAACCAGGGCCGUGCCCCCCUCCAGGACCUGUUUUCAGCGGUCUAAUUGGGACGCGUUGUGUUACGUUAACACACCACGCUUCUCCAGGUGCAAUAGGCAGAAGUCAGAAACGCUGCCAUCCCGGUGGAGAACACACGCACGCUGCGGCCCCCAUCCCCUGGUUGCUACGGGUUGCACGGGGCCGUCGCCAGGGUGUGAACUCCACAUGAACCGGGAGGCAGGAGUUGGGAAAAGAUGACUGGAUACCCAAACAAAAUUCCACAACCUUCACCCUGACCCUGAAGAAAUUCCUUACUAAAGGUCUUCGUGUGUGUGUGUGUGUGUGUGUGUGUGUGUGUGUGUGUGUGUGUGUGUGUGUGUGUGUGUGUGUGUGUGUGUGUGUGUGUGUGUGUGUGUGUGUGUGUGUGUGUGUGUCCCCGCUGUGUUUGCAUGGCAUGACAGAGGAGAGGCGCUAGAGAGGAGAACCGGGGGAGGUGGGAACAGAUUUGUAACACAUCACACGGGGCCUCGGUGGUCAGAAAUUAGCAUAAAGGAUGAACAGAGCUAACGGCAGAGUCCAAAGGAUUCCCUGAUGGGGGUGGAACCGCCUUCCCAACUGGACCAUCUGGUUUCGGAUCUGUCCGGGUUCGCCUCGUCUCAGCUCUCGUCGUCUCACCGACAUUGUGUUGACAGGUAUGACGGCGUUCUGUGACGUCACAUGUUCCCACAGAGAGCCGGUCGUUUUCGCCCCCCCCCCCCCCCCCCGCUUUCUCUGGAGGUCAAAUCCGGAGUAGUUUGUGCCGCACAGAUAGUCAGUAAAACAGAGAGCAAUCUAGCCCACGUGAAAGAAAAUGAGACCAUAAAGAUGCUUCAACCCCCCCCCCAAAUUAGAAGCACAUGUGUGAGCGUUUCCUGCUGCGUCACAUGAUUCUGCCGCAUCUGACCCGUUAGAUUUCACCUUUUAUGACGUGUGAAAUCAAAUCGCUGUGUGUUUUCAUCCGAGCGUAACAAUGAUGGGAGAUACCGUGUGUGGGUAUGAGCCAAAACCGUCCCCUAGUGCCCCCUGGCAGGCAAACCGGGCAUUACUGCCGAGCCCGCCUCGAAGCAGCGUCUUUUUUUUUUCUUUUUUUUUAAACAGAAAAGUAAGAUACUUCAUUUUCCUUCUGCGCCUCGAGCGCGGCGUCAGCCACGUGUCGUGGAUUCGUGUUGUUCUUAACACACGUUUGGCUCGGGUCCAUAUUCUGUACUUCCGGACCGGAAUGAACUUUGUAUGAAGUCACGCCCUCCCCACGGUGACCGUGCCGCUUGUUUUUACACUGUAUGUAUUUAUGUAGACCAGCACGUGCGUUACGUCUGCCAUUCCAGUUCGGGCCCACCAGCCCCGCCCCCCCCCGUGUCGCUCACAGUGACGCCAGGUAAACCAACCCCAGGCCAUGUUGUUGUUUUUUUUUUUGUUUUGAUGGACAGCUUUAUAUUUGGCGUGACAUUGCAAUGUAACACAUACUUCAACUUCACAGCAUAAACAUUUGUACGAAAAAA